AUGGCACUUUUUGGAUCAAGUUCACCACAAAUUACUACCCAAAGUGAUCUCAAAACUCAAAUUCAAAAUGAUAUCACGCAAGAGUUAGCUGUUGCCAAUGCUUCCGAAUUAAUCAACAAAGUAACAGAAAACUGUUUCGAACAUUGUAUCCAAGUACCUGAAAAUAUUUUAACUCCUCAACAAGAUAAUUGUGCUAACCAAUGUUUAGCUAGAUAUAUGAAAUCAUGGAACGUUAUAUCAAAAACUUAUGUCAAUAGAAUUCAAAAUUCCAAAUAA